AUUAACGCGCCAAGGCCUCUAAGUAACUAACUAACGAACUAAAUCUUCUGCGCCGCCGCCUGCGUUGGUUUCCUACCCGAACAAAAAUUCCUUCGCCUUUCGGCUCUCGUCACGUUUACCCAACUGUCCUCUCCCUCUUCCGGUCUUCUCUUCCUCGCUCGCUCGCUCGCUCGUUAUCAAAGAGAGAAGAAGUUGCAAGCAGCAGACAAUUGGUGUGAUCCAUCCAUCUCCCCUGUUUUCCAUUCCUAACUUCCCCUGUUUCAUUAUUGUUGCUCUGUUUCUGCUACAGCCACAAGCGAUCAACUCAUCCAGAAUCCCGAAUCCAUGGAAGACAAUGAUGAGUUGAAGCACCUAUGCAAAUACUGCGGCAAGCGCUUCCGUAGUGGCAGAUCGUUGGGAGGUCACGUAAGUUCUCAUAGAGAAUGGAUCUGGGAAAGCUCACUCGAAGUUGAUGACGGCGUCACAGGCAUCUACAAAAAGAAGCUCCGUCCUCUCUCGGACUACGCUAUGGAGGUAGAGGAGGAGGAGGAGGAGGAUGUGGAAGCCUUUCUGGCGUCGUUGGACCCUAACCAUGAAACAGUCCCCAGUCGGACUGUGUCAAAAUUGUUAGAGGAAGGAGCAAUCGGUUGCCUCACCGCCCUUGUCGAACGCAAACUCCCUCACAAUCGCUUGGAUCUGUUUGCUUUUUCUAGCUGCAACAAACCCCUCAUAUCUACGGCUGCUUGGAUGGGGUUUCAUGAGGCGGUCGGGUUGUUUUUGCGCCACGGGGUUCCUCCGAGUCAUGGACAACCAGGGCGGCUUCCCAUCGAUUACGCAUUAUACUCCAGUUGUGACGACCAGUGGGAUUUGCUAGGCCGGUACGAUAUUAAUUAUCCGCAAAGGCUCUGUAGUUUGAUGCUCUGGCUCCCCGAAUGGAUCAGCGAAAAUUUCGAUUGGUGGCACACGGUCAAGCUGCUGGCACGCACCACCGAACAGGGGAUCCUGGAGAUGAGGAUUUUCCAGUAUGCAAGGAACGGCCAAGGCGCGAAGCUGCUCUGGCUCCUGCUUGUCGUCCCUGACCGAGUUCUCUCCCCAACAUUCUUCAGCGACACCCUUCUCCAGCAGCGGUUUGGAACCGCCUCUUUGUCCCUCCGCGAUUUCCUUAUUGCCCAGCUUGCUUUUGUUACCGGCCUUAGCUUCACCAUCGAACCUAAUCGUCGUUUUCCUACUGACAUUGAUCACACCAUCGAUCGCAAUCGUCCUCCCCGCCCUGAUUCGAUCCGCGGGCAUUUGCGGUACAAGAUGUUGAGCCUCACUUGUUCCCUGCGUUUGCUCGAAGUCUUCCGCAGGGCUGGCCCCCAGUUGUGUCACUCGAUGGAAAUGUUAGAGAAGGAAAAGGAAAAGGGAAGGGAAAGGGAAAAGCAGAGGCAAAUGUAUCCCCUUCUUCCCGAUUACCCAAUUGCUCAACAAAUCAAGACUGUGCUCAAGGAAGCUGGCUUUACUAUGGCUUCUCUCCGUUGCCCGGUCAGAGUCGCUCACCGGAACUAUAAGCCGGAGCCUGACUAUCGCUGGACUCCCCAAAGAGACGACUACCCUGAAUUGGAGUUCUUGAUUCGACCACCGCAUGUCUGCAAAAGUAAAAUCCUUGAUUCAGACUUCAACAAGGCCAUCGAGAAGUUAUGCCAUCAUCCUUACCUGAAGGAAUGGACAUCCCAAAUGUCAAUUUUUAAGUUGCUUUUCAUAUUUUGCCUCCCUGACCUGGUGGAAGAGAUGCAAUCCAUGAUACCGUUGGAGUCCAAGUACGUCAACCCUUCAACUAUUAUCCAACCUGCGUAUCUUGCUGAGUUAUGCUUCAUCUACAUUAGGGAGGGCAGAAUUGUUGAGUUCACAGCUGCUCUAAUGGCCACACAAGUUCUUCUUCGGUUGGGUUAUCCACUACGCCCUCAAACAUCUCGUAAUAGCUUUAAUAAUGUGGAUCAUCCUCAUCAAUCUCACUCCCCUACUGUAUAUGAAUUCUUACUGCAUGCUUUGAUGAAAGUGGUUGAUGAAGAAAUCAGCUUAACAGGAAAACCUAAGGACAACAACUCUAUUCAGAUUUGCAAGGAGAAAAAAUCAGUGAUAUCUUCGGCUUUCCUACUAAUAAAGAUAUUUGAUACGUCUGCGCAAGAUAUUCAUUGGUAUCUUCACUCACCAAGAUAUAAGAAAGUUAGAGAUUUGGAGCUGGUAGUAAACGAUGUUGCUUCCUUGCUAAAAGGCGUCGGCUUUGUGUUGAGAUCUCAAGAUACUUGUGUGAAAGACUUAAGAUGCUGGAAAAUGCAUCUGGGAAAAGUUGGAGAGCGCCGGACGUCGGAGCUGCAUUGGAUUACCAUGGUGAAGAAGGAGGCGGUGGAAGAGGAUGAUGUGGAAGCAUUUUUAGCGAGUUUGGAUCCUAAAUCUAAAUGCUGCCCUCCUGAGGUGGUGGCGAAGUUGAUUCAGUCGAGAGCAAUUGGUUGCAUCACCGCACUUUUGGAGCGGAAAAUCGCUCACAAUCGGUUGGAUAUCCGCGGACCGGUGGGGAACUGCCAACUGCCCCUGCAUUAUGCUGCUAAGUUAGGGUUUCACGAGGCGAUCGAGCUGUUGAUUCGCCAUUGGGUUCGUCCGUACCAUGUUUUUUCGAGCUUCGAACCCAAAGAACUUGAAACGAGUGCCAUCGACUACGCGCUCGAGACCAGUUGCAAUGAAUGGAACAAGAAGAUGGAGGAAAGCCAAAGCGGCGGCGGCGCCCUCCUCCUCUCCGAUUUGAUCCUCUGGCUGCCGGAAUGGAUCUCCAGCGCCGACAAUUUCAACUGGUGGCACACGGUAAAGCUGCUCGGGCGCGCCAAGGAUAAAGACCUGGAGAUGAAAAUCUUCCGGUAUGCAAGGAAUGGCCAGGCAGCGAAGCUGCUCUGGCUUCUCUUUGCUGUCCCUGAUCGAGUUCUCUCCCCAACAUUCUUGCAUUGCCUAACUCGACGCUUGGAGUUGCAGCAUUCACGUUUGGAAGACUACUCCCUCCGCGAUUUCCUUACCUCUCAGCUUGCUUUCGUGGUCGCCGACAUCCGGUGGUGCAGCGAUGGCGAUGAUCCCCAAUUGAUAAAGUCUUUGGAGGAAAAGCGGUCGAUCCUCACCUCUUCCCUGCUAUUACUUGAAGUCUUUCAGAAAGCUGGCACCCAAUUGUCUAACUUAAUCCCAAUUUUGCUAGAAAAAGAGAAACAGCAUCUUUCCAGUUCCCCAAUUGCUCAACAGGUCCAGACUAUCUUAGAAGGAGCUGGGAUCCCUUUAACUUCUCUGAACUGCCCUAUCAUAUCCACCCAAGAUUCCGAGAUUAACUAUCCAUACCCUAGCGGACCGGUCAACCGUAAUAUGAUGCACGGUCACUGGCCAAGAUCAGGGUAUUUGGCCUUUUUAAUUCGACCCACCAGUGUGUGCAGAAGUGAAAUUCUUGAUUCGGAAUUCAACAGGGCUAUAGAGAAUUUAUGCUAUCAUCCUUGUCUGAAGGAUUGGAACCCCCAAGAGUCAGCUUUCAAGUUGCUUUUCAUAUUUUGUCUUCCUGACUUGGUAGAAAAGAUGCAAUGCAUGUUGCAGUUGGAGCUCGGGUAUGGUAAGCCUGCGAAAGUCCUCCACCCCACCUAUCUUGCAAAACUAUGUUUUAUCUACAUCACGGAGGGGCGAAUUGUUGAGUUCACUGCAGCUCUAAUGGCCGUACGAGUCCUUCUUCAGUUUGACCAUCCACUUGGUCCUCAAAUUUCUUACCAUACUAGGGACUAUAUGGAGUAUACCCCAAACUUGUAUGACUUUUUACUGCAUGCUUCGAGGAGAGUUCUCGAUGAAGAAAUCAGCUUGACAGGAAAGAGUGAGGACAAUGUUACUGUUCAGAUUCUCAAGGAGAAAAAAUCGGUUCUGUCUUCUGCAUUUCUAUUAGCACGGAUAUUUGAAAACUCUUCGGAACGUAUUCAUCGGUAUCUUCACUCUCCAAGAUAUAAGGUAUUUCAGGAAUGUAGGGAUUUGAAGAUGAUUAUAGGUGAUGUUGCAUCCUUGCUUGAAGACUCAGGUUUUGUGUUAACAUCCCAGGACAGAUGUGUCAAUCACUUGGAAUGUUUCUCGAGCAAAGCACGUGUCAACAAAAGCGAUAUAGAAGAAAAUUCAUUGUCAUUUGUGCCACAGUUGAAGACAACUCCAUGUGUUAAGGUCUCGUGA